AAAGAUGGAAAACACGAGAGUUACUUCACCGGAGUUGGCAAAAUUUCCCCGUAUAGAUGAUUUACGAUACGAUUUUGCUGUUUCGAUUUGCUAUUUCUUACCCGGAAAAUACAAAGAUAUCCUAUGGUAUCAAUAAACUGUUAUCUAUGCAGUUAGUUUUAUCUACUAUCUCACACCUGUGCGAUCUACUGGCUCGACCAAUGUUAUUCUGUGCUUUAUUGAUGGAGAAACGCGUCACCGGUGUCUCACCAGUACAUAUUUUCAAGCCACAAAAUAGCAUUGCUCGUCCGAACAAAUGGUCGCCGGCAAAGCUAUACGUAUAUAUGGUAUAUAGAGUGUCGCUUAAUCUCGCCCUGAUAAAACUCGCGGAACUGAGUACGAUCAUUUUUCACGACCUUUUUUCCCUCUCCUUUUUUCAGGAGUGUCCCGAGGGAGUAGUGCACGAGGACUCGUUCAAGGACAUUUACGCGAAAUUCUUCCCGCACGGAAACUCCAGUCUCUACGCCCACUACGUAUUCAAGGCCUUCGACGUUAAUUGCAACGGAGCCAUCAGCUUCAGGGACCUCCUCGUGACGCUGUCGACCCUGCUGCGGGGCAGCAUUUACGAGAAAUUGAGAUGGACCUUCAAGCUGUACGACAUAAACGGCGACGGCUGCAUCACCAGGGGCGAGUUGGGUGAAGUCGUGACGGCGGUCCACGAGCUCAUGGGCAGGCGGCAUCAUCAGGCCGAGGAGGACAGGAAGGCGAGGGAACAGCUGGACAGGGUCUUCAAGAAACUCGAUCUCAACCAGGACGGUGUUAUCACGAUCGAGGAAUUUAUCGAAAGUUGUUUGAAGGACGAUGUGAUCACACGGUCGCUGGCAAUGUUCGACUGUGCGCUUUGAUCUCCGGCUAAGGACGAGCCUCCAACAGCGGUCACCGCGACGCCGCCGACGCCACUCUCGACGACAACGUUCUCGCAAUCCCUGUCCCCGUCGCCGCCGCCGCCGUCCUACUCCCUGCUGCCGCCUAUCCCGCCACCCCUGCCCUCUCAACCGCCACCCGGUUACACCGUCCAGGAUCAGGAGCUCUACCUACUCCUGGCCGCCCACUGGUGGAACCAGCCGGAGGCGCCGCUCUUUUGUUGAAGGUAAAUUCACCGAGGCUAGAUUUCCUGAUACCGUUGAAGGCUCUCGCUCUCGCGUCUCA